UGUGUGUGUGUGUGUGUCUCUGUGUGGAAGUUUCCUCCCUUUUUCUUUCCUGCUUGCUGUCCGGGUGAAACGUCGCGCGCGGGGACGAGCAGGGAGAAAUGGACGGAGCGGCUGUUGAGCAGUGAGCGAGCUGUGCGCCGUUACACACCGACACCGGAGAUACCGCUAAUGCACUGAGUCAACACCCGGGGCUGCCCCUGAACUCUUUACCUCCACACCAGAGUGCAGUUUGAUCCAUCAACAACCUUUGCUUUCUUCUUCUUCUUCUUCAUCAUCAUCUUCUUUUUUUUUUUAGUAAAGAAUAAAAACUGGGCAACACUCCGAGCUGAGACUUUAAUCAACUGAGUGACUUUUUCUAAAGGAAGGAAGCAAGGAAGCAAGAACAAUCCUAAAAUCCUGAUCCUGGCUGGUUAAAAAGAAAGGACCGAAUACAAGAUUUACCUUUUUUUCUUUUAUUUUUUUGUCGUCGCCUGUAUUUCGAUUCUGUAUGAAAAGUCAAGUGGAGAGAGUUGGAGAAGAGCAUGCCGCGGAGAAAGCAGCAAGCACCGAGGCGAUCUUCAGCCUACGUGCCUGAGGACGAGCUGAAGGCAGCCAAGAUCGAUGAGGAGCACCUGCAGGAUGAUGGCCUCUCCUUAGAUGGCCAGGACACAGAGUACCUGUGCAACGAGGAGGAGGAUCCACGUGAGCAGCUGAGCUACCAGAACUCCCCUCUCAGCAAUGGCACCAACCCUGAUGCCGGGUACGGCUCACCCCUUAGUGACACCAGCGAUCACCUGGCCGACUUUAAAAGUACCUCCUCCAAAGAGGGCCAGGAGAGGGAUGAGACUGAGGACAUGGAGACAGAGCCUGGUCUUUCUGUGCAAGACAGCUUGGCAAAGAUGAAAGCCGCCUAUGCAAACUUGAUCUCAAAUUCCUCAUGGUCUAGCAUCACAAGGGACAUUAUAAAAAGCAAACAAGUUAAUGUCAGCAACAACAGCACCACAAGCAACCACAAGGGGAGCAAUAGCAUUAUGAAUAGUCAUGCAACUAACAUUAACAGCAGUGGAAGCAGUAGCAUUAGCACAGCUAGUGUUAGUGCCACAACCAGCACCACCCCAAGCAACACUUCUGCCAAUGCCACUACUUUAACCAGUAAUAGCAAUGGAAAUGUAAGUGGUACCAGUAGUGGAAGUGUCUCUUAUGACUGGCACCAGGCUGCACUUGCUAAAACAUUACAGCAUACACCAUACCACCUUCUGCCAGAACCCAGUCUCUUCAGCACAGUGCAGCUGUACCGGCAAAACAAUAAGCUGUAUGGGCCGGUAUUUACUGGUGCCAGCAAAUUUAGAUGCAAGGACUGCAGUGCAGCUUACGACACACUUGUAGGCCUCACAGUACACAUGAAUGAAACAGGCCAUUACCGUGAUGACAAUAAAGAUCAGGAGGAUGACAUGGGCAAGAAAUGGUCCAAGCCAAGGAAGCGUUCCUUGAUGGAGAUGGAGGGCAAAGAGGAUGCUCAGAAAGUCUUAAAGUGCAUGUACUGUGGACACUCAUUUGAAUCUCUGCAAGACCUAAGUGUCCACAUGAUCAAAACAAAACACUACCAGAAAGUGCCUCUCAAAGAACCAAUGCCAGCUCUUGCCUCAAAGCUGGUGCCCUCUACCAAAAAACGAGUCUUUCAUGACCUAGUGUCCCCCUGCUCACCUGAGUCCAUAUCUAGCACAACAGGUGUUCCACUGACAGAAUCCACACCCACCAAAGACCAAAAGGUUACUAAUCCCUAUGUUACUGCUAACAAUCGAUAUGGCUAUCAGAAUGGUGCAAGUUACACCUGGCAGUUUGAAGCCAGAAAAGCCCAGAUCCUCAAGUGUAUGGAAUGUGGAAGUUCCCAUGACACCUUGCAGCAGCUUACAGCUCAUAUGAUGGUGACAGGACAUUUCCUCAAAGUCACCAACUCUGCUUCAAAAAAGGGGAAACAGUUAGUGUUUGACCCAGUUGUGGAGGAAAAAAUUCAGUCCAUUCCUCUUCCACCAACCACCACACGUCUACCAGUUCCAACUAUCAAGUCACAAAUAGACUCUCCUUUACAUACCUCUACAACUGAAGAGAGGAAGGAUUCACAGGAGGAGAAAAAAGAGGUGAAUGAGCCAGAGAAGAAAAUUAAAGAAGAAAAGGAGGACCCCUCUGACAAACCGGAGAACUCUGAAAAACCUGGCCAGUACAAAUAUCUCAGAGAAGAGGAUUUGGAAGAGACCCCAAAAGAGGGUCUUGACAUUCUCAAGUCUCUAGAAAAUACUGUUUCUAGUGCAAUCAGCAAGGCUCAGACAGGCACCCCUACAUGGGGUGGUUAUCCAAGCAUCCAUGCUGCCUACCAGCUCCAAGGGUCAAUGAAGUCUCUCUCUGCUGUCCAGAGUGUCAAAAUGCAACCCACAUUCAGUGCUAGCAGCUUGAAGUCUCUGUCAAAUGAAACCAGUGCCCUCAUCCAUUCCCCAGGAAGCCCAUCCCCACCUCCAAACCAUAAGAGCAAUGUCUUAGCCAUGGAAGAGUUAGUAGAGAAAGUCACAGGAAAAAUUGUGUCUAAAAGGGAGAAGGAGGAGAAGCCUACUGAACGCAUCCCAAAACAUGUCUCUACUCCAUCACCAUCACCUGUACCCAAGGAGAAAAAAGACUUCCCUCAGCCAACUGACCUUAGCAAGCCUACAAAGAAUGGCAUCACUGAGGAGACUGAGUCAGUUGGUAAGGAAGGGGAACAACCUGAGAGUCAUGCUGAAACUCCAGACAAGAACGGAAUGGACACCCUCAAAACGCAAGUCAGCAAUGGUUGCAGUAGUUUGGGAAUAAUCACUGACCACUCACCAGAACAGCCUUUAGUUAACCAUCUCAGUGCACUGCAGUCCAUCAUGAACACUCACUUGGGCAAGGCAUCCAAAACUGUCAGCCCAUUGUUAGACCCAUUAGCAAUGCUGUACAAAAUCAGCAACAACAUGGUGGAGAAACCUUUUUACAGUCCAACUCAGGUUAAGCAAUUUGAGUCCAUCAAUAGAUACUAUGACAACGAGGACCAGCCGAUAGACUUGACGAAAUCCAAGAACAGCAAUGGGCGUCCAAACAGCUCCUCCACUGUCAUAAGCAACAGUAGCAACAGCAGCAUUCCUAACAGUAAUCGACCCAUUCUUUCCAACUUAUCUGAAUCGCUGUCUUCCCCUCUGAGGGAAAAUGCCUUGAUGGACAUCUCGGACAUGGUGAAAAACCUCACAGGCCGCCUGACACCAAAGUCAUCAACACCCUCUUCUAUCUCUGAGAAGUCAGAAGCAGAUGGCAGUGCUUUUGAGGAUGCCCUGGAGGAUUUCACCCAUGUCCAGAAGAGGAAAGGGAGGCAGUCCAACUGGAACCCUCAACACUUGCUGAUCCUACAGGCUCAGUUUGCAUCCAGCCUUCGUGAAACUCCAGAGGGGAAGUUUGUCAUCACAGACCUGGGUCCUCAGGAGCGUGUACAUAUCUGUAAGUUCACAGGUCUCUCAAUGACCACAAUCUCUCACUGGCUCGCCAAUGUGAAGUACCAGCUCAGGCGGACGGGCGGAACCAAGUUUCUAAAGAACAUUGACUCUGGCCAGCCUCUGUUCUUGUGCAGUGACUGCGCCUCCCAGUUCAGAACUCCCUCCACUUACAUUAGCCACUUAGAAUCCCAUUUAGGCUUCAGUUUAAAGGACCUGUCAAAGUUGUCUAUAGACCUUAUGAGAGAGCAGCAAGCAGUCACAAAAAUGAUAACGGACAAGACUUUCAGUUCCCUCGGCUUGAACGAGGAUGACUCUAAUUCCAUCUAUCAGUGCAAACUGUGCAAUAGGACCUUUGUCAGCAAACAUGCAGUUAAGCUGCACCUCAGCAAAACGCAUGGCAAGUCUCCAGAGGACCACUUGAUCUUUGUGUCCGAGCUUGAAAAGUUAGAUAAAGCAUAAAGGAGCAGGCCAGUGGCAGUGAAGUGACUGACUUGAGAAUCAUUGCACUACAUCACUGUUCUGCACUGCAUCUGAACUGAGCCUUCAGUCAAAAUUGAUUAAAACUUUUGUUGUGCAACUGCCUGACUGGACCAUGAUCUGUCUCUCCUUUUUCAGUUGUUGCUGUUUUUUUCACUCUGUUGAUUUCUAUAUCUUACUUUGUAUUGUAUUUAUAUAUGUGUUAAUUAUGUGCAUGUUUUUCCCUAGUGAGUCCAGAUUUGAACAAAUUUUCCACUGUUUGUACUUUGUGGAAUCGAGAAUGAGACCAGCAUGGUAUCCAUGGGCAUGGUCAAAACAAGGCUGUAACACGUGAAAAUAAGGAAUACCACGUGAAUUUCAUUGAAUCUAUCAUCCCUUAUUCUUAAAAUAACUGACAAUUUCAGCAAACAAAUGUGCAGAGGCUAUAAAGAAUAUAUAUAGAGUAUAGAGUUAUUGUUUUGAGCUCAAAUUCCCAAAUUUGACUUUAUACCAACAAUACCAACAUCCCAUUAAAUCACUGAAAAUAUACAAAAGGCAGCAUUGUAUCUUUAACACCUCAACAGAUAAUGAUUGACUGGCUGCUUCAGAUGAUACACUCUGUGUUUUAAAUGAUUUUGUUUUAACAUUUUUGUUAAAUCAGUUGGUUUUGUUGUUAAGUAUCUUUUUUUACUGUAGCAAUUUGGAAAUGUAUGCUUUGGUACCGACUUUUCUCUUUCUAUAGGUUUGCUUCGAUUUCAACCUGUAAAGACUUAAUCAAAUCCUUAUAUACAGUACAUAUAUAUUUAAAUGAUCUGCAAUGAUGUACAUGUACAUUUUUCCAUCAUCAUAUCUUGCCAGUUGCCGCAGCUUUGUUUGUAUGGUGUGCAUUCUUUUAUAUUGUCAUUUUAUAUAUAGUAAACAAAAAGGAAAUAAUAUGUAAAUAGAUAUAUAUGCAGACGGUAUGUGAACAGUAGCGCUGACGUUCAUCCUUUUGGUCCUCCAGUGUGGUUAAUAUUAAUUGGUUUGAUGGAAUGCAUCCUCAGAUGCACAUUAUGCCUGAGUGAAAAAGAGCAAUGCACAACAGGAAAGCCAGUGCAUUUCAAUGUUUUUAAUCAUACCAUUGUGAAAUGUCUCAUCAACUCAUAAAAAAUAUUGUUUUUGUCUCUCAAUUGUAAAAUAAAUCCUGACAUUUCUUGA